CGCGACACACAAAACACAUACAAAAUACAGAAGAAAAAAAAAAACAGAUCUUCUAGUCUUCACUGUGACAACUAGCCCUAAAAAGCAAAAUGGAAGAAAAACACAACUCACCGGCGAAACCCACCGACCCACCACCACCAUCAACGGCGGACCCACCAUCAUCAUCACGCCGUCGUCUAAAACGAAAAGCCUCAACUUCCAAUAACAAUAACAAUUCCAACAACAACCCGACACCAAAACGACAAGCAAGAGAAAAACAUCAUCAACAACAAAACCAACAACAGUCACCAGUGUUAUAUGGUCCGAUCCAUAAUGGGCCGUUGACCAGAGCAAGGUUACAGCCUAAUUACGUUGACUCAAAUGUAACGGCGUCGUUUUGGGAUGCAGUUGUAGUGGAAAACAAUAGUGGUGGGAAUAGUAAUAACAAUAAUGUUGGAGGGGUGGAUUUGAAAAUUCAAGAAGAGGAAUUGAUUAAGAGAAAAGAAGCUUGGGAUGCUUUGGAAGCUAAAAUUGAAAGUCAAUUUGAUGAAUUUAAGUUAAAAGAUGUCAACACUUCUCAUUUUGUUCCGGUUUCUUGUGGUUGGUUUUCAUGGACAAAGGUUCAUCCAUUGGAGGAGAAAGCAUUAUCUUCUUUCUUCAACGGAAAACUGGAGAAUCGGACUUCUGAAAUGUACAUGGAAAUACGGAAUGCCAUUGUGAAAAGAUUUCAUGCAAACCCCACUACCCAAAUAGAAGAAAAGGAUCUUUUGGAGAUAUCAGUUGGGGAAUUGGAUGCUAGGAAAGAGGUGAUGGAGUUUUUAGACUAUUGGGGGCUGAUUAAUUACCAUCCGUUUCCCGAGACAGAUGUCACCAGCUCGGUUGGUGAUCCUGAAGAAACUGGAAAAGUAAAAUCAUUGGUCCAGAAAUUGUACGAGUUUGAGGUGGAACAGUUGAGUUUGCCAGCUGCUCCCAGGAGUAAUUUUGCAAUUCCUGCACUUCCAUCGCGGUUGCCUGAGUCCAUGAUAACUGAUGAAUCGGUGCAGCCUGAGGGACCAUCUGUUGAGUAUCACUGCAAUUCAUGUUCAGCUGAUUGCUCUCGUAAGCGCUAUCACUGUCAGAAGCAGGCAGAUUUUGACUUAUGUAGUGAAUGCUUCAAUGACGGCAAGUUUGACUCUGAUAUGGCCCCAUCUGAUUUUAUUAUUAUGGAGCCUGGUGAUGCUGCUGGUGCAAAUAGUGGGAAGUGGACAGAUCAAGAGACAUUGCUCCUCCUCGAAGCCCUGGAACUCUUCAAAGAGAACUGGAACGAGAUCGCUGAACAUGUUGCCACAAAAACAAAAGCUCAGUGUAUCUUACACUUUGUUCAAAUGCCAAUUGAAGAUACUUUUAGGGAUUGUGAUGAUGAAGAUGAUACAAAUGACAAAGAAAAAACUGAGAAGGUAGAAACAAAUGCAGAUGAAAGCGACAAAAAGAAAGAAAUCGCUGAGAGUAACAAGGAAAAUACUGACAAAAAAGAAGUUGAUCAGGAAAAUGCUGGGAAGAAAGAAGUUGAUCAGGAAAAUACUGAUAAAAAAGAAGUUGACCAGGAAAAUACUGGCAAAAAAGAAGUUGAUCAGGAAAAUGCUGACAAAAAAGAAGUUGAUGAGAAAAAUGAUGAUUCCAAAGAUGCAAAAGAAACCGAGGAACCAAAGGCCGUUGAUGGCGCUCCAUCAAAUAACAAUCAGCCUGAAUCUUCUCCAAUGGAGAUUUCAGAACCGGCGGAUACUAAUAAAUUGAAAGAUGAUCGGGAAAAUGGUGUGAACAAUAUUGCAGUGAAAGCACUCAGAGAAGCAUUUGAUGCUGUGGGGUCUCUUUCUUCACUUGAUGAGAAACUUUCUUUUGCUGAUGCCGGUAACCCUGUUAUGGCAAUGGCAGCAUUCCUGACUCGGUUGGUGGAACCUAAUUUAGUGACUGCUUCUGCCCGUACCUCUCUGAAAUCUGUGUCUAAAGGCGGCACGGGAUUGCAGCUGUCAGCAAGACAUUCCUUUGUUCUGGAAGAUCCAGCUGAUGAAAAGAAACCAGAUGACACGGAGAGCAAAGCAAAUGACACAGAGAAGAAACCAGAUGACAUGGAGAGGAAACCAGAUGGCGCAGAGAAGAAAACAGAUGACACAGAGAGAUCAAUGGACAUAGAUGUGCCAGAAGUGGUGGAGGAAGAAGUCAUGAAAAAGAAGAAUGAUUUGGUAAAUGAUCUCAAGGACAAAGAGGGUGCCAAUGUAACUCGAAAAGAGAAAGACAAUGUGUUGGCUUCCUCCGAAAAAAAGGAAGAGCCAGUUCUAGCAGAAGUAGUAGCUACGAAGAAGGGCAAGAAUGCUGGCUCACGGAGAAAGGGUUCUUCAAAGAAAGACAGGGUUCCAGUUACUGAGAAAUCAGUUGUUACUGAAGAAACUAAUAAACAAGCUCAUCAAGAUGAUGCUCCUUCAAAUUCUAAAAAGGAGUCUGCUGAUUCUUUUAAUGGUGCUCCACCGUUAGUGGUUUCCCAGUCUACCGAGGCUCCAAAGGAUGAGGAGAUGACAGAAAAGGCAGAACCUUCCCAAUCUACAUUGGCUGAAAAGACUGAAAAUUCAGAGGAUGUUGCAGCAAAAGACACUAAUACUGUGGACAAACGUCUUCUAGACAGUAAAGACAACUCAAGUAUGCAUAAGCUGACACGUGCAGCUGUUACUGCCAUUUCUGCUGCAGCUGUUAAGGCAAAACUACUGGCAGACCAAGAAGAGGACCAUAUUCGACAGCUUGCCACAGCAUUGGUAGAGAAGCAGCUGUACAAAUUGGAGGCUAAGUUGGCUUUCUUUACUGAAAUGGAUGGUGUCGUAUCAAGGGCUCGGGAACAAUUGGAAAGGUCAAAGCAGAGACUCUACCAAGAACGGGCCCAAAUAAUUGCUGCCAGAUUGGGCAUGUCGUCUGCUAAUUCUACCAGGCCUAUGGCACAAUCGUUACCAAACAGACCAGGUGCGGCAUUUCCAAAUGCUGGACAAAGGCCUCCAAAUCCGAUGAACAUGACUCCUCAAAGACCACCACUUUCAAGACCUAUGAUGGGACCAACACCGCCUUUUUCGAACCCGGUGGGACCCAGCACACUUGUAGGAAACUCUGCUCAGAUUUCAACCAACCAGGCAAUGAAAUAAUAGUCCCCCAAAAUGUAAUUUCACGUUAGUAGUAAACCACAAGAACCUCUACCAAUUUUUACCAAGUGAGUCAUCCACUAAAUAUCCUAAGCAUCAUCUUUAGCACCACAAUAGUAAGCUAUAAUUCUUGAAUUUCGGCUUGGCAGACGAGAUUGCAUCUUGGUAAGCUUUGAAAUCGAGGGUCUGGAUUGAAAGAGAUUGCUACAGUGAUAAUUGACCAGGCAACAAAAGACGUUAUGCCCUUUGACUUGAUGAUGUUUGAGACUAUUGGCGAGCUAAAAGGUAGAGAUUAAGGCAGUAUUGAUGGAAUUGCUAUGUUAACGAGUUAGAGUUACAUCUUUAUGUUUCAAGUUAUGUAGAUAUAACCAGGAUUUGAAAUGGUGUAUCAUUGUCAACUGGUGUAGACUUGCAUUAAAAGGUCAUCCCAGGCUUACAUCUUUUAGUUAUCUUUAUAAGGUGUGGCUAGAUAUUUGUAUGUUCUAUGGCUACAGAUACUUGAAUUUUAUGUUGUAUUUAGUGUAAUUUAAUACCUAGCCAUUUUUCUAAGUCA